UGCCUGGCUGGGUGAGGAAGCUGAGGAUUGCACUACAGGAAAAGUCACAUGUAAAUUAUGCAGUGUUUCCUGGAGAGUUUAACUUCUGUGUGAGAGAGAGAAAGAGAAAGAGAGAGACAGAGAGGAGUUUUGCUGUGCAGUGUUUUUUCCUUCAAGUGUGUGAAGAUGAACUGGACGUUGAGAUGUUACUCUCUGAUGAGUAUACUGAUGAUCUUUUGGAUGUGUACAUGCUGCAAAGGUCCAGGUUCUGAUAAGCAGAAAAUUUGCAAGGCUACAUGUGAACGGAUGAAGACGAGGUGCAAUAGUGAGUGUGACGACAUGAAGGAGCUGCGCAAAGUUCUGGGUUCAGCUUUUGCUGAGAAUGGCAUUUGCAAGGAUACAUCUAAGUGUUCAGGUUCUGCUUGGAAUGCCAUAUGCAACACAGCAUGUGAACGUUCAGAUUCUGCUGGGAAUGCCAUAUGCAACACAGCAUGUGAACACAUGCAGGAGCUGCGCAAAGUUCUGGGUCCAGAUUCUGAUGGGCAUGACAUUUGCAAGGAUACACGUGAACACAUGCAGAAGCUGCACGAAGUUCUGGGUUCAGCUUUUGCUGAGAAUGGCAUUUGCAAGGAUACAUCUAAGUGUCCAGCUUAUGAGAAGAAUGGCAUUUGCAAGGAUACAUGUGAACACAUGCAGAAGCUGCACGAAGUUCUGGGUUCAGCUUCUGAUAGGCGUUACAAGUGCAAGGGUACAUGUGAAUGCAUGAAGAAGAAGUGCAAGAAAGAGUGUGAUGGCAUGCAGGAGGUGUGCACCGAUCAGUGUACCAAAUGUCGGAACGCUUGCAGAACAGGGCCAAGUGAUUAUGAUCUCAGCAUGGAUUUGUGCCAGCUUUCGUGUGCUGGAGUUUGUUCUGAGUGCCCCAUGAGUGACUGUGAGCAAAUUAUACUGAUUGAUGGAGGAUUUACUGGAAAAAUACUAAACAACUAUGAUAAUAGUAAUGAUAAUUCAAGUUGCCUGAAUAUCUAUAAUGGAUCAGCACCAUUCAACUACUCCACCUGUAUUUUAUCAUUUGAUACUGAUCCAGAAGAGAUAAAUGACACCUUCACAUUCAGAGACACUGGUGUGUGGUUAUUAAAAAGCAAUAACAGUUAUCAAAUCAACAUCACCAGAACAGAAAACCACAAACCCAAAACUCCCAUCUGCUUCAUAAACGGAACCCAGAACUGCAGCUGGACAAUCGAAUGGUUGGCAAACUGCUCUCAACCUCGCGAAACCCGUACCUGGCAGUGUGAGAUUAUGACGUGUGUGGAUCCCAAAAAGCUUUGUGAGCAUGCUCAAUACAAGACCUGCAGCAUUAACAGUUCAAAUGAUAAUAUCAUCACAUUAAACGGACCAAUUUCAACAUGCCAAAAGUGUGGAAAUGCUUUGAAGGCAGUGGACGGACGUGUUGAAGUGGAGGAUAUGUUCCAAAAUGCUACCAAUAUUACCAGCUAUGAUAAAGUGAUGACGAAAAUAAUUGAAACAGUUUUGGAAAUGAUGGGGAAUAAAACCUCAGUGUCUGUGACCAUGAACAACAUUCCCGGUAUUUUCGUGAAACCUGAAAGCAAAGAAGAUCUCAAACCCAUCUACUUUAUGUACUCCAAUAUGAGUAACUUUAAUAUGAUUGAAGAUCAAACCCAGAUGGAAUUUUUUGAAAACACGUUCUCAGUGCCAAAAGAGGCUUUUGAAAAAGCAGUCAGCAUGAACAUCAGCACACCUUUUGCAUCGCUGUUUCGAUUUCCCAAUUUUAAACAGGACGUGAACAACAGCGUGCUACUAAAUAAUGCAGUUUACUCCAUCAACAUGGGAGGACAGAUAUCAAAUCUCAGCACCACCUUGAAUCUAACCUUCAGGCAAAUUGAUCAGAAACUCGGCGAGCCAUCAUGUUCCUCUUGGGAUGGGCAAGGGCCGAAUCUGACCUGGACCACUGAUGGAUGCAACACUUCCUAUAUUAAUGGUUCUGUGACCUGUGAAUGCCAACACUUAACCUUCUUUGCUGUGUUGAUGGUUCCUGUAACGAAAGUCUCAAACUCUGACCUCAAUAAUCUUACCUUCAUCACCUCCAUCGGGUGUGGUCUGUCUCUCUUCUUCCUCGCCAUAGGUCUGUUCAUGCACUUCCUGUUAAGGAAAGGCCAAGCCAGCAUUUCAGUCCACAUCCUCAUCAACUUGUUCGUGGCCCUGUUUCUGCUCAACCUCAGCUUCCUCGUCAAUGAGUCUGUAGCGAACACAGGGAAUGUGAUUGGCUGUAAGUUCAUGGCAGGCGUGAUGCACUACACCAUGCUGUCCACGUUCACGUGGUUCGGCCUGCAGGCGCUGCAUCUGUGUUUACAGCUCGCACAAAAUGUGGCCAGUAUCCAGAAUUACAUCAUCAAAUUGUGCGUCGCCGGCUGGGUGCCUCCUGUCCUCGUGGUGUCGGCCAUUUUCAUUUCUCAGAAAUACAACAAGGAAGUCAUUGUCUCUGAUACUGGAAAAAACAUAUCAAUGUGCUGGAUCACCGACUCAACCGUGCAUUAUGCAGUGAACAUCGGUUACUACUCCAUCAUCUUCCUCUUCACCCUCCUCACCUUUGUGGUGAUGCUCCGCUGGCUCUUCCUGCUCAGAAGUAAACGCCCCAUCAUCCCCAUUUCAAAAAAGUCGAGACCCUCGGAUGCUCUGUCCAUCAUGGGCCUGUGCUCCAACAUGGGACUGAGCUGGGGCUUCGCUUUCUUUGCCUAUGGCCCGAUGCAAAUCCCUGGAUUGUACAUCUUUACCAUCUUAAACUCUUUGCAAGGAUUCUUCCUGUUUAUUUAUUACUACCAGACCAGUCGUCAGGUUGGUGAACCUGAAGAGAGGUCAGAUCACACUGGCACGGAGGUCACGGAGGUGGAAAACCCAUACGGCAAACACAAAACAUUCUAAAUCCAGAAUCAGUGGACGAGAGUAAAACUGUAAUGCUUUAAAUAUAAAUGUAUAUUAAAUAUAAAUAAAAAAAUAGCUUAGCUAUUCAAAUUAACUCAGUUUAGAAUUUAAUUAACAAUAACUUUAACUAUGUAUACGUGUAUAUAUAUAUACACACACACACAUAUAUAUAUAUAUAUUUUGUUGCUCCGCCUUUAGCUUUGAUUACGGCACACAUUCACCAUGGCAUUGUUUCAGCAACCUUAUGCAACAUCAUAGCAUUUAUUUUCAUCCAAGAGUUGCAUUCAUUUUUUGCUGUGAUCUCAUCUUGAUGACAGGAAAGUAGAUCUACUCUGUAAAAUCUUCUCCAGCAUCCAGUAGGGGUUAAGGUCGGGACUCUGUGGGGGUCAAUUCAUUUGUAAAGCUCCAUGAACCACUCUCUCACUCUCUGAGCCCUAAUUUUAUGCCAUCAGGGAAGAAAAACCCCACUGAUGUGAACCUGGUCAUUUAGUGCAUUCAGGUCGUCAGCUGACUUCAUUUUAUUGCCCCGUAACGUUGCUGAGUCUCGACCUGACCGACCGAACCAACCCCAGAUCGUCACACUGCCUCCAGAGGCUUGGACAGUGGACACUAUGCAUGAUGGGGCGGAGCUUCAUGAGCUUCCUUUCUUACCCUGACACACCAUGUAUGUGUGUGUAUAAACAAGAAAAUGGGACAACUUAUUACCUUAUGUAACGUACAGUGGAUAUAAAAAGUGUACACACCCCGUUAAAAUGAUAGAUUUUUCUGAUGCAAAAAAAA